GUAAUGGCCAGUAACCGAACCACGUGACUCGUGUUAUGCAUAUAAAGGACUUUCUAGGUCUAUUCUAGAUAUUUCUAGAUUUGUGUUUACUUGCUGUGACUCCAUCGUUCUUUUUAGUCAAUCUAAUAAUAGCGUGUUGGAAUUUGUUUUUGCUCCUCAUAGUCAGGCAAAACUGACUUUAAAGCGGACAUUUCCCAAACAUUCGCUGACCACUCGUAACCAUUUCAGAGACGAAGGAGGUCGUCCGCGGCGCGUGCCAACUGGCACUUUAAUUUAAGAAAGUUCCCCCUGAAUCUCUCCACGCCAUGUCUCACGACAAAAGUGGAUACCCCGUAAUGGGUGAAGGCAACCAGCCUCCUAACCCGAAUUACUAUGGACCCCCUCAGCCUGGGUUUGGCAUGCCCCCUCCCAACUACAGCCAAGCCACAGGGGGACCAUACCCACCAGCAGGCAGUUACGGACAGCCGGGCUUCCCUCAGGCCGGUCCAGGCUUUGCCCCGGGCCCGUACCCUCCAAUGGGGUUCCCUCAGAUGCCCUACCCUCAGGGGCCUUAUCAGCAGGGAUUUGGACAACCAGGUUUUCCUGUUGACCCCAUGGGGGUACCUGCAGACAGCCCUGCCUACCAUGACGAUGGUCCUCCUUCAUAUGGAGACAACGAUGAAUUUAAAAUUGGAGGUCUUGAGGACAAGACGGUCCGGCGGGCUUUCAUCAGAAAAGUCUUCUUGGUCCUCACCGUUCAGCUUGUGGUCACUUUUUCCUUCGUUGCCAUCUUCACCUUUAGUGACGAUGCAAAGAUCUUUGUGCGGCGUAACCCAUGGGUAUACUACACGUCCUACGCCUCCUUCCUGGUGUGUCUCAUCGCUUUAAGCUGCUGUGGAGACUUCCGCCGCAAAUACCCAGGAAACUUUAUCGCUCUGGGCAUACUGACCCUAAGUUUGUCCUACAUGGUGGGCAUGAUUGCUAGUUUCUAUGACACGGAGACCGUCAUCAUUGCUGUGGGCAUCACCGCCGGGGUCUGUUUCACCGUCGUCCUGUUCUCGUUGCAGACCAAGUACGACUUCACCUCCUGUCGUGGCGUGCUGUUUGUGUGCCUUAUUGUGUUGAUGAUCUUCUCCAUCCUCUGCAUUUUCAUUCGCAACAAGAUCAUGCAUUUAGUCUAUGCCUCACUGGGGGCUCUGCUCUUCACUUGUUUCUUGGCUGUUGACACUCAGCUCCUUCUGGGUAACAAAAAUCUGGCCCUGAGUCCAGAGGAGUACAUCUUCGCUGCUCUCAACCUCUACACAGACAUCAUUAACAUUUUCCUCUACAUCCUGGCUAUCGUGGGUCGCUCCCGUGAAUGAGCUCCCACCGUCAAGACUUCAUGAGCCAGACUAAGACCUCCUGUCUCCGUGUCGCGUUCUGUCCCUCCGCUCAGUUUCACGUCUCCCCACAUUCCCUCUCAUGCUUCACAGUCGUACAUGGAAACAAGUGCAGCAUGUCGUUAAAUAUAGCUGCAGGGGGGGGACACCAUUUCUCUACUCUGUUGCAAACGUUGCCAUCCGAUGACAGACUGUGAUCAUCUGUGUUCAGGUUUUUCCCUCUGCCAGUCCCUCCAGGAUUUUGUUGGCUUUUUUAUUUUCUUUUGGUUGUUGUUGCUAACAUCAGCUUUCCAUAACACAACAGCAGCUAUAGACUUUCAAAUAUACUGCUAACUUUAUUUAGUAUUCUAUGCAAACUUUCCAUUUAAAAACUUUGCAAAGGAUUUGUUUAUUACUGUUUUUUAGACAUACUGUCAACAUUUAACAGUUGCACACCUUUGAAACGCAGGAGCUGUACGGCUCUUUAAAAGAGUUUUGUCUUUUAUUUAUUUAAAAAUGCAUUUCUCAAAAUCACAUAAUCAUACACUCAUUAUUUUGUCACACAUGAAUGCACUCAUAAUAAACCUUUUGGGAUUCAUUUUUGCUGCUUGAAUGAACUACAGGAAACUUAAAUAAGAUAAAACUCCAGUUUGCAAUAGUCUUAUCACAAAUGCUUUUCUCUUCUUUAAAAGGUAACCUGGCAACAAAAGAAAAAAUCUGUCCCAGUGUAUUGUGGGUAAUGAAGUUACAGUGUGUCACUGUCUGGCAUCCAUCCUUUUUCUGAUCUAAAAAAGGUUUGAAUGAAAAACCUGAAGCAGUAUAUAUUUAACAUGCUAAAGAAUUAACCUACAUGUAAACUUUUCAUCUGGAAAACAAAUCUCAUUCAAAUUUGAGGUUCACUGUCCUUUUUCAAAAGCUUUUUUUUCUUCAAAUGCAAAAGAUCAGGAGGGUUUGCUUCAGUCCCGGUCCCAUGCAAGUCUCUUUUCAGUCUGUGUCUGCGGACGUUUGCAUGAAACGCAAAGAAACGUUCACAGGAAUUGUUGAAGUUGCUGCAGUGGCACUGCAGAGUUGCCUGGAGGGCCUCCUCUGCCUGGAAUGUCACAGAAAUCUCUGUACGUCCCUCACCAGCCAAGCUAUCGUUCACCUUGUCUUGCGCAGACUGAGUCCUCGGGGCUGGGCUUCCUGCAGAGACGUCAAAAACCAGCUUUGCCUGAGAAAAAGUUAGCAUUCCAAACACUAAACUUUAAUUUAUUGUUCUCUGGCUAACUUGUCUUACAUUGCAGCCUGCUGGUGUAAACUAACUGCAUGACUACAUUGAUUAAACUACUACGUGUGUGGUAUGACUAUGUAAAUACACCACAGGCAAAACCUUUAGUCUGCUUUCCACAGCUGUACAUGGUGAAGUCUAACGCUGCUUCUUUGGUCACUCUGGAUACUUUUGCACUGUGAUUCUGGUCACAACAGAAUUUUCAGCUCAACUUCCGUUCUCCAAAGGCAAAGAGGAGCACUUCUGAGCGAUUCCAUCUUUGACACGUUCAAAUAUCCAGCUUUCCUCUACUCUGUUACAUAAACAGAAUAUUUAGGCUAGUGGAUGUUAGCUAGGAGGGACUUUAUUUAAUUUAGUUCUUUUUCAAUGGUUUGGUGCAUUUCCUGCCGAGUCUAAAUUUCAUCAAAACGGACUGGAUGUCUCAAAGUUUCCAGUAGGAAGACUUGUGGACUAGAAUCAGUUUAAAGGGAUUAAUGAGCCAGCCUGUGGCAUAGUCUUGUGUAGCCGGCGUGACUUUCAUUUAAGAGUUCCCCGUUUCUACCUCUGAAAGGACAGUGGAGUGAUUUUGUGUUUCUGUUGCUUCUCGAGUCUAGAUGUCCAAAUGGCAUAAGAAUGUUAGAUGUUUAUGAUAAACAUUUGUUUCACCAGAGUGAAGUUAAUUUAAGUAUUCUAAUGUAAUCUUUUAAACAAAUCUUUUCUCUGCAAUUAUUUAUGUCUCUUUGUUUUCACGCUUUCCUGUGGUGUACUGAAGUAAAGAGCAACUUAUUUGUUUUUAGUUCUUGAUAAUAAAAAAAAAGGCUUUUAUUUAUUUUGGAAAUCAAUUUUUUUCUACUUUUAAAGGGUGUGAGCAAAAUGAAAGAAUCACGCCUUGCCAAAAUACUCCUCCAUGCAAACCCAAAACGUGGGAUAAAUGUAGAUUUGUCCUCUCUGAUCCCCAUGUUCACCUGCUGCAUGACCUUCUCUUCAUUUGCAUGUGCCAAUACAGCGCACAGUACGGCUGUUCUUGUUUAUAACUGAACACUUGUUGGCAUUCCUGUGUUUUGUUUUUUCCCUAAAUGCUAGUAUCAAACUGAUGUUUGUGUAUAUAGACUCCUUACUGGUUUGGAUUGUGUAGAUGGAAACUCUGCAGGUUUGUUUGAAUUGUAUAUUUGCAACAUAUUGAAAUUAAACUGUAGGUAUGUUAUCAUUGUAUAUUUGUAUUUUAUUGGAGCCAGAUUGCAUUUUUCUCCACUGCUGUUUGCUUUUCAUUAAACUGAUUGGCUGU